CUCUCCCGUCUCUUCACCAAAACAAAAACAUCAUCAGUGUCCGGCUGCGCUUUCCUCCACGGAGGCUUCUAAAACAUGUCACCGGGAAUGUAAGAGUCCGGCCGGCAUCACGGAGCCGCACAGAGUCCCGCAGCUCGCUGCUUCUGGCUGGAACGGCUCAUUUUUAACGUUAGCUUAGCUUAGCUUAGCUUUGCCCCUCCAUGGCGUCCUCAACGGGACUCCCACCACUCGGCCCGGACCGUGCUGUUGCAUCCUCCGGCUCCCACUCCGGCGCCAGACCGCCUCUCCGGCCUCACCACCCUCAUCCGGCCCACUCCACCCCGGGCUGUGCGAUGGUGGAGUCGGUGGACGACGCGGAGGGUCUGUACGUUGCGGUGGAGCGGUGCCCCCUGUGCAGCACGUCCCGCCGCAGGCUCACCUGUGCCCGGUGCGUCCAGGCCGGAGACUUCGUGUACUUCGACGCCAGGAACACCGAGAGGUACGCUGACAAGUUGGAGCGUCUGAAGAAGCUGAAGGAGGAGAAGGAGCAGCUGCAGCAGAGCGUCCUGCAGGCGAUGGACAGGAAGCUGCAGGCCGAUGAGAUGAAAUGGAAGAUCAUGUCGUGCAAGAUGAAGAUCGAGCAGCUGAAGGAGGCGGUCGCCUGGGGCAACGAGGAGGUGAAGAGCGACAAGGAGCUGCUGGUUCGAUCCCAGGAGGAAGCUCAGCGGCUGCAGCGGCGAGCCGUGCGCCAUCAGGAGAAGAGAGACAAAAUUGAACGUCACAACCGGCGUCUGGGAGAGCUUCUGGAGCGACGAAGCAAAGAGCAGCAGAGUCGGCUGAGUCAGCUGGCCGCGCUGAGGAGGGAGCACAUCCUGGAGCUGACCACCCACAUCUUCCCCACGCAGGAGGAGAAGCAGGGCAGCAGAGACCCGGCUGACGUGGUGGCUGAGUGCGACCCAGCGCUGACCUCCAGCACAGUGAGCGAGCUGGCCGAGGCCCGGAGGACCACCUACCUGUCGGGUCGCUGGAUCUGGGACGACCAGAACGGAGAGACCAGCAUCAGCAUCACAGGGCCGCCCGUCACUCUGCCCAGCAACGGGGACUGCUCCGCCUACUACAGCUGGGUGGAGGAGAAGAGCACCAAUCAGGGCCCAGAGCUGGACCACAUUAACCCCGCCCACACCAUCAGCGCCGCGCUCUGCUACGCCACGCAGCUCGUCACCAUCCUGUCCCACAUCCUGGACGUCAACCUGCCCAAGAAGCUCUGCAACAGCGAGUUCUGUGGAGAGAAUCUGAGCCGCUAUCGCUUCACCAGAGCUCUGAGCAAACUCAACACCAACAUCCUGCAUCUCUGCUUCUCACAGCAUGUGGACAGCGAGAAGCUUCAUCCUCAUCACACCCUGAGGAACAUCAUGUUCCUGGUUGCCCCCGACAACGAAAACCUGGGCAGGACGGGUCCGUUCGAGGUCAGCGCCGACCUCGAGGAGUCGAUGGAGUUUGUGGAGCCGGAGGCAGCAGGUCCAGCCGAGGAGAGCGGAGACGAGGCGGUGACGGACGAGGAGACGGACCUGGGGACGGACUGGGAGACGGUACCGAGCCCUCGGUUCUGUGACAUCCCAUCACAGUCCAUGGAUCUUUCCCAGAGUGCCCUGCAGGUUUCUCAGCCUUCAGCCAACACCGGAGGGAUGAUCUCUUCCGCCGCCGCCUCCGUCACCUCCUGGUUCAGAGCGUACACCGGCCAGCGCUGAUCCGACCCGACUCCGACUGAACCGAGGGCGGGCAGGUCACGAACAUCAGGCUUCAGACUGUUUCACACAUCGGCUCACGUUGCAUUUUUAAAAACGUGACGACAGUCGUCUUCAGCAGGAAGCUGACAGAUUUACACGCUUACAAGUUAAACUGCACUCGUGAGUAAGUCUGUAUUCACCAGAGAACAUAUUGGUGUUGUUCUGUAGAUUAACAAAAUGUCUGCAAAGAGACACAGACGGACCACGAAAACACACAAAAAUACCACAAAGAGACAAAACUAUGACC